UUAAUAGAUUGCACUUAUAGUUCGUCAAAAUGCUUUACGCUUUUACGCUUUUAGUUCACUAAAUGAGUAUUCUUUUCAUCAAAAUUAAUUAUAAAAAGUAUAUUUUAAAGGAAAAUCACAAACAAUGUGAUAUAUUCUUUGUGCGGCGGUAAAAAAAAAUGUUUUUUUUAGAUAGAUACUUUUUCACCAACCGAGUCACAUGUAUUUAACAUAUUCAUACCUAAUGAUUUUUCACAAAGUGGUUACUUUAGAUUAAAAGAUACAUAUCAGAUACUUGGAUGCAUUCUCAACUUCAAUAGAGUAAUUUAAUUCACUAACUAGGUUAUUUCCAAAUUCAUUAGCAUAGAGGGGAAGAAGACUUAUUGUUAAGAUUUAUGUUUAUGAACUUAUUACUAAGAGGCUAUAAGUUGCCCUACUUUAGACAUGAAUUGCAUGUAUUUAUUAACUUAUCUAAAUUCUGUGCACUCGUAUUUUACAUAUUAUAUGGCGUACUUAACAUAUUUUUAUUUAUUUUACAAUAUGCGUAAAAAAUUUACGUUUUUACGCUUUAAUUCUACGCUUUACAAUUUUACCCCUUUUCCGCUUCUAGGUAGAAGCACGCUUUUGACUGCAUUGAUUUCUGGUAGGGUAUUUUAUGGUUAUUCACAACAAGGUUGUACACUCAGAUCUGCUCGUCGCUAGAACUAAUAAUAAUAAUAAUUAUUAUAAUAAUUAUUAUAUUCCAUCAGAUACUCCCAUCAUUAAUGAACAGAGUUAUAGCUAAAUAACUAUAAUGAUAGAUGUUAAAAUAUAUUAGGGGGCUCCCUUGACUCAAAAUUGUAGAGUGGAAGUUUCUACUCUUAGAGAAAAAUAGCACAAAAGGGCAUACCACAACAUUGAUUUGGGUUAUUUAAUUUGCUUAAGGUUUUGAAUAGUUUAGGGUUUCCUCAUAUGUGAAUUAUGUGUUAAGGGUGCACUAAAUGUGUUUACCACUAAAAAAUCACUCCAUACCACAUUGAUUAUUUUCAAGGAGUGUAGUGAUUUAUAAGGCCAACUUAACCAUAAUAAUUAAAUUGGUUUAAAUUGGGUCUAAAUGAUGGUAUUUUGUGCUUCAUGCCAGGUACCUCAACACACACUACUUGACCCACCAAACACCCAUCCGUCACGUAAGAGGGGUCAACAGUGGCGGAUCCAGGGGGUGGCCACCCCGGGCCCCGGCCCUGCCCUCCUCUGGAUCCGUAGUUAGUAUAGUCCUUAUGAAUUUUUCGAUUUUAGGCAUUCGGCUUAGUGUGAUUUUAUAAUAAAAUUUGGUAUAACUUGAAAAAUGAUUCAGAUGACUAUAUUCAAAUCACUACUCUAAAUUUAGCCUUUAAAUUUUAACCCCAAAGAUUAUGCAUAUAAAAAAACAAUGAAACCUAAAAUUCUAAAAGUUUAAAACGUAAAAGACUAAAAGAAAUAUGAGGUUUGUUCCCUUGAAAACUUACUAGAGCAGUUGGUGGAUGCAUGGAUUGACACACAAUGUCAAUUGAUUAGUCGAUUGAUUUGUCUAGUGUUAAUGCUGCUCGUUUCAACAGCUAUUACGAAGAGAACCUUUUCAACAAUGGAAUAUGUGAGAACUGAUUUGAAACAGUGCAUACUAUUGGCAUGGACGUAGGCUCCAUUAUUGAUGCAUCACUAAAUUAAAAUACCGUCGUGUACAAUUUACAUUGGAAAAAAACUAUAAUCAUUAUGUUUUUUUACUAUUCAAUUUUCGAACGAAACUCGGUCUAGUGCUCUUCUGUGUUCUGGAUCCGCCGCUGGGGGUCAAGUGUCAAGCGUGUUGACACCCUUCAACAUCAACCACCCAAGUGGGCACCUCGCCCCACCAGCCGCCUACCUACCUCACGGGUAAUUACCCCUAGACAUGAUGGGGCGAAGAAAGCCAAAAUUUGGCUAAGUGUUGAGACCCACAACACAAGGGGGGUCAUGCAUGACAUCGUCCAAGGGGGGUCUCUUACGUGGGGGGUCAAGCAUGACAUCAUCCUAGGGGGGUCGAGCACUAUGCCAUCUACCUACCUUGCACCAAGGGGGUCAGACAUGACACCGUCCAAGGGGGUCAAGCACCGGAUACCGCUAGGUCUUGCAGUUUGUCAAGACACUGCAAGCAUGAUGCCACCCAAUGGGGGUAAGUGUGCAUCCAUCAACCCCCAAGCCCAUUGGUGUCGAGCACUGAGACCCAUAGCACAAGGGGGUCAAGCAUGACAUCAUCCCAGGGGGGUCAAGCAUGAUGUCAUGCUAGGGGGGUCAAGCACUAUGUCGUCUACCUACCUUGAGCUAGGGUGUCAAACAUGAUGCCGUGCAAGGAGAGCAAUCACGAGUACCCCUAGACGUGAUGCGGAAAAAGAAGGUGAAAAUUGGCUAAGUAUGAAGAUCCAACAACAAGGGGGGUCAUGCAUGAUACCGUCCAAGGGGGUCAAGCACCGGAUACCGCUAGGUCUCGUGCAAGGUCAUCAAGUUUCUAAGUGGUCAUCCAUGUAUAUCAUCACGUGGUAGACCAGUUUGUCAAGACACUGCAAGCAUGAUGCCAUCCCAUGGGGGUCAGUGUGCAUCCAUCGAGCCCAAGCCCCUGUCGAGCACGAUGUCAUGUCAGGGUUGUUAGCACGAGUACCACCAAGCGCACUAAGCAAGACACCUCUAUGGUUACACGGCGGUUACAAGUUAUGGCUAUAAAUAGGGGAAACGAAGACGAAGCAAAGGUUCCACAACCAAACAUUUGACGCACAAUGUCAAAUUUUAUCCUUUUCUCUGCAAAUUAGCCAUAGUUUUAGUUUUUUGAGCUCUCACUGAACCUCCAUAGGAGUAGAGUAACGUAACCUAGCUUGUUCCCAAAAAACCAUCAAACACCCUCGUUUGAACAUUGUUCGGAGAGGUAUGAACCGUGUUGAUUGUCGUUGUUCAAGAAGUCAAGGUGCAUUCAUUGCGUUCAAACACAAAUUUUUCCUUGCCGGAAAACAAAUUGGCACACCUGGGGGGACACUGUGUAUUUGAUAUUAUGGCUCCACGACUGAGAGAACAAGAAUGUAAUCUUUCACCUGGAUUGAUAAGAGAGCUAGUGGCUAGGUAUGAUUUUGGCCAAUUAGUAAAAAGUGACGCCGGAAACAAUGGUGGGGCAAGUGGUCAGCCUUCUCCGACGCCAUGUUUAGGUGUAACCACCACCACUUUGUCUCUUUACCAGUCACUGGUGGUAGAAAUGCAAUUAAUGGAGGAGACUAUGGUGGGAAACACAAAACAAAUUGUAUCUCAACUUGAUUGUUUCCAUACUCGUCUAAAUCGACGUUUGGAUCAACUGGAUGAGAUUUGCGAGAUAAAUGAAAAUAAUUGUAAGUUUCUCCAACUUUUGAUGAAACCAGUUUUGAGAUCAAAGGUUUUGGCUAAAGAUGGUGUAGAUCGACCAUCAAACGUUGCUACCGAGGAUACGAGAAUUCUAGACUCUGGUGGUCGGACUACUCAGCCACGGUCAGAGAAUUCAUCGUCUCUGGUGACAAGUCAACCACCUCUUGAACGUGGUGGUUGUGGCGAGAAUCUCGCUCCCACGUUCACCACUCACGUAAAGAAAUUGUCUAUACAGACAAUUACUUUAGGAACUGCCUCAGAGGCUAGACCAUGCCUUAAUUGGAAAGUUGGUGCAAGGUCAAUCACUACAAAUGUGUUCCCACAAGCUUGUACAGCACCACUGCUAUCCACGCCUAUCAAGCCUGGUGGAUGCAAACCGCAAGGGGGGCAAGCAGAGGGGUAUGAAAGCCUACCACCUGACAAGUUGAAGGUGAAAUAUCAGGGUGGGGGCAUGUUGACGUCAAGUAGGGGUGGGCAUUCGGUCAGUUCAGUUUCGACCGAACCAAAAUUAUGAAUACAGGGUCUCCAAAUUCUCCCAAACCUCAAAUCGAAUUCGAACCGAAUUAUAAUUUGGUUCGGUCGGUUUAAACCAAAUUAUAAUUCGGUUCGGUUCGGUUUUUCACACAAAACUGAAUUUGUGAAGCUACUUAUAUUUUCUCACUUUUAAAUUAUUUUUAACCCCUAAUAUAAACAAUAAAUAUCAAUUAUAUGCAACAUCAAUAAUAAAAUCAAACUUUUCAACACAUAAGUCAUAAAACAUUUCAAAUAUU